AUGUGGCCUAGUCCAAUAUCCUUCAGCAUUUUCUUUGAAAAGACUUUAUCGAAUCUCCAAUUAAUCAAAGAGAUAAGUUUUAGACUUUUCUUCAUGUCGGAUGAAGUUGCAAGGCCUUUGAUUAAGUUUCAAAAAUCAUGCUUUUUCUCCUCUGGCCAGUUAAGUUUAUUUUGCUGAUGUCAUUUAAUUAAAUUCAAUUGUUCGAUCUUAGUAUUUUUCAGAGCUACUGAGAAGUCAGGAAUUUCAGGAACUGAAAAUUUUACUCUAAAUAGCUGUAAUAUUUUGAGGUGUUUAAAAGCAGCAAACAGUCUUUUUAACUGCUUUCUGUUUAUGAUUAAAUCUUGUAGAGUGACUGUUUGCUCAAUCCUAGGAGCAAUUCUGAUAAAAUCUGUAAAAUAUCUUGGAAAUGGGAUAAGUAGGCCAUAGCUUAAAGUAAAUCUACUUGUUUUAUUUGGAAAGUGAUCGCGAAAGAACAUUCAAUAAUCUUUAAUCCUAUCUUUUAGUCUUCCAAUAUGAACAAUUCCCAUGUCAGGAAUUGUAAUAUUCUUUAACUUAUUAAAUAAAAAGAAUUCAUCAGGAUUCACUAACCAAACCCCAAAAAUAUAUGCAAAAGAAGCUUCUCCUUUAUAACCUCCAACAGUUCUCUUAAACAACUCCACUUCCAACUCAUUUCCCCUCCUCAGUACCAAUUUCUCUAUAAAAACUCACCACAACCCCCCAAAAUCCCCUCUAACUUUCUACCAAACGCUGGUCCUCACCUUGUUCUGCAUUAUCCAGCUCUGGC